CGGCGCAAGCCUCCUUCCCCUCUAGUUCCCGCGGGUGCGGCUUCUCCCGCUGCUUUGCCCAUCGAGCACGGAGCCGUCCGACCCAGCCAGGCGUCUUCCUCUCGUACCUUCGCCGGGGGUCCCUCCAGCUUUGCCCUCGGUGACCCUGCUGGCCCGGCGCUUCCUUGCCACUCUGCACGUGCGGUGGCUCGACUUGCUUGCGUCUAUCCCAGGACAGCAGCCGGGAUGGGAUUGUGGAAGCUCUUCGCUCGGGCCCUGCAACUGCAGCGCUGGGUUUAUGUUGAAGAUGCUUCUCUAGACCUUCUCUAGAAGAAUUACUGUUCUUUCAAAAUUUUAUACUUGCGGAUUAUCAAGAAUCGGAUAAUCCUAUCAACGGUCUUCCUCUGGACUUAGUGGCCCUCUUGGGUGUAAGACGUGUGCCUUUCUCUUCUGUUACCUGGCUUCUCUUCUGCCAUGGAUACUGAGUCAACCUACUCUGGAUAUUCCCACUAUUCAGGCCACUCCAAAAAGGCCCAGAGACAAGGAAGCCGGGACAGACACAAACCACCACGUAGCAAAGAUGGCAGUCGGUCAGAGAAAUCUGUUACCAUUCAAGCACCAACAGCAGAGCCGUUACUGGGCAACGAUUCUUCUCGGGCAGAAGAAGCUCAGGAUGACAACUGGGGUGAGACCACAACAGCUAUCACAGGUACCUCUGAACACAGCAUGUCCCAGGAGGACAUUUCCAGGAUCAGCAAGGACUUGGAGGACAGCGUCAGCAUAGAUUGCAAGCGCUACCUUGUCUUAACACUGGCCGCUGUCCUGGGACUUCUUGUCUUCUUGACUCCCAUUGCCUUUAUUCUGCUCCCGCAGAUCCUGUGGAGAAGUGAGUUGGAGCCCUGUGGAACAGCUUGCGAAGGACUCUUUAUCUCUGUGGCUUUCAAACUCCUGAUCCUGUUGAUUGGGACCUGGGCUCUCUUCUUUCGCCAGCCCAAGGCUGCCCUCCCAAGGGUAUUUGUGUUUCGCACCCUCAUUUUGCUCCUCAUAGUUCUGCUGGUAUUUUCUUACUGGCUCUUUUAUGGUGUUCGCAUUUUGGAGUCCAAGGAUCUCAAUUACCAGGGAAUUGUACAGUUUGCUGUGUCGCUGGUGGAUGCUCUGCUUUUUGUCCACUAUCUUGCUAUUGUGGUACUGGAACUGAGACAGCUGCAACCAAUGUUCACAGUCAAGGUGGUUCGAUCGACUGAUGGAGAAUCACGCUAUUAUAGCUUGGGACAUUUGAGUAUCCAGUGUGCUGCUUUAAUCGUUUUGGAAAAUUACUACAGAGACUUUGCUGUCUAUAACCCAAUGUUGUUAACAGCUUCCAAAGCACGUGCAGCAAAGCACAUGGCAGGCCUGAAGGUCUACAGUGUUGAUGGGCCAGAUAACAGUGCUCCUGGGCAGUCCAGGGCCAUGAUUGCUGCAGCAGCUCACCGCAGAGACUCCAGUCACAAUGAGCUCUAUUAUGAAGAAGCAGACCAUGAGCGAAGGGUCAGAAAACGUCGAGCAAGGCUUGUGGUAGCAGUUGAAGAAGCUUUCACCCACAUUAAGCGUCUUCAGGCAGAGGAGCAGCAGAAAGCCCCAGGGGAAGUGAUGGAUCCCCGCGAGGCAGCUCAGGCCAUCUUCCCAUCCAUGGCAAGAGUACUGCAGAAGUACCUCCGCACUACACGGCAGCAACACUACCAUACCAUGGAGAGCAUCCUGCAACAUCUGGCUUUCUGUGUUGCCAACAACAUGACACCAAAGGCGUUUCUGGAACGUUACCUCAGUCCAGGACCAACCUUACAGUAUGACAAGAACCGUUGGGUCUCCAAACACUGGACACUCAUUAGUGAGGAAGCUGUUACAAAAGGAUUAAGGGACGGUGUUGUGUUCAUCCUCAAGUGCUUGGACUUCAGCCUUGUCAUUAAUGUGAAGAAAAUUCCAUUUAUCAAACUCUCGGAGGAGUUUGUAGACCCCAAAUUUCAUAAGUUUACUCUUCGCUUGCAGUCUGAAACAUCAGUCUAGAUCAGAGACCAUGUAAGUGUGUGGGUGAGGAUAAGGUAAUUUCUGGCUUCAUUCUUUCAUGUGUUUGGGGUUUUUGCUUUCUUUUUAUUCAGAUCAAAAAACACCAGGCAGUGGGCCAUCUGCACUUAACAGGAAAGAGAAAGGAGUAGAGUCCCUCUAGAAAGAUCUGAAGAGCUCAUGGAUUGGGUUGGUCCAUUCAUUGGGAUUGAGUGGCUACCUUUACUUCAUGCACAUUUUAGAGGCCUGUCAGCCAGUGUAAUGUUCUGCUUUUGCCUGCCACCCUGCCUUGGAUUAGCUGGUGUGUAAGUGAUGCUGCUGUUCCACCUCAGCCUGCCUCUGUAUCCUCAACAAACAGCUUUCCACAAACUCUCAUAAUUGUGUUUGGCUUUUGGCAGUCAUCUCUGUGACUCAGUUCAGACAUCAUGAAAAACCAUGAUCUUUGCUAUCCAUAGUAUGGAACCUGGGUUGAACAUCCAAAUAUACAGUAGGCAAUUUAUGGUUUGAAGCAGCCUGUUUGCCUUCACUUUUUAUGCUCUCAACAGUCAGCACCAUAAAUUCAUUCCCAUCUACAUACUGCAGCAGCUUCUGAAGGGGGAAGAAGUGCCUGCAGUUGUGAUUUGUCAAUUCAGACAUCACAUCAAAUUAAAAUGGUUGAAGCUUCCUUCCCAUGUUUUUAUUAUGUUACAACUGACCCUUUGUGAAAAUGGAAAUGGACUGCCUUCAAGUUGAUUCCGACUUAUGGCGACCCUAUGAAUAAGGUUUUAAUGGUAAGCCAUUGCCCUCCUCUGAGUCUGAGAGGCAGUGACUGACCCAACGUCACCCAGUGAGCUUCAUGGCUGUGUGGGGAUUUGAACCCUGGUCUCCCAGGUCGUAGUCCAACACCUUAACCAUUACACCACACUGGCUCUCAGUGAAGGGGUUUGAAUUAAUCCCUUUGGGCACUAUCUGCUGGGGAUGUGGGAAAGGCCAUUGUACUUCUUAAAGAAGGCCAUUUAUGUAUUUUGAGGGGAAAUGUAUCUACAUAACUCCACCUUUCCACUGGCUAAUGAAAUUAGUUUUUCCAGCACUCUGUAUUGCAGCUCUUUGAGUAGCAACCAGUGGUGGGUGUCUGGAACAUAAAUAAGGGGUUUUUUUAUUCAUGGAUUUCUGCCUUUCAGCCUCCUAGACUUGCCCUACUAGCAUAAGCACCUCUGUUCUUUCCUUGAGUGUAUGUGGCUGUUCAGCUAUUUUUCUAACCCUUCCAGGGUUUGUCCAUUUUUCCUUCUCCCUAUAUAUAUUUAAGUGCUGCAGAAUGAUUGAGAAGAGCAUGGAGCUUACUGAGUCUGACCAAUCUGAUUGUGAAGUGGGAGGAAUGAAUAGGUGGUAUUGCUUCCUAUUUAUAAAAAGGUUUUCUAUAUCCCAGGAGAAGAGUAGGGAUUUCUAGUCUAUUUUCCAGCACAUGCCUACAGGGAAGGGGGAUAUUUGAUUGAGAGCAGGGAAUACUUUCAGCGAUUGAAACAGCUGCUUAAGAUUUGAAACCAAACUGUGUUGAGUGUUGCUGUUUCCUGGGCUCCACAUUAUUAGCUGGCCUUAGUAGUCAGCUCUUACUUGUGGUUGCCACAGACCCUUUCACUCCCAUAAGUCUUCUGUCUUACGCAACAAGUAAAGGGGUCAAUCUUCAUUUUAGGCCACCCUGAAAUAGCGAGUCUCUCUCAUUGCUUCUGAGUGUCUCUACAGCUUGAAGCAAGUCAACCGCCCCACCUCCCUUUAACCAUGUUUUCUGCUUAUGGGAGAGGGCAAGCGCCGUCUCUCCAGUUUGUGGAGACCUUGGGAGAAAUGGGGGAGGGUCUCUUUGCUGAGCGACUUUGUCAAAUUCUGGCUAUUUGACAACUGCAUUUUUGUGGACCUCUGAAUGUUUCUUUCUUGACCAGUGUUGUACGAUUUGUGUUCCUACAUACCAGCUCUUAGGUUCUGCUGACAGCUGCUCUUGUUUGAUUUGGGUUUUCUUUUAAUCUAUUUUAUUUUAUUUUUUAAAAGAUAUGCAAAUAUAUAAAGUUAAUCAGAUGUUUAACUCAGAUGUUAAUGAAAGAGUAGUCCAAUAAACAUAACACUACCACAAUUUUUUUCAGUCCAGAUAUAUCCAUCUUAAGCCAUAGUUAACACUUCGCGGUGUUCCAAUAAUUAACAAAAGGAGGUCAAUGUUUGUUUACUUUUGCACACACUUGAAUUUAUUUUCUCAUCCCUCAAAUGCCUAAAACAUGUUAACUUAGUCUUUGAGGCUAUCUGCCACACUUUUCUCAGCUUUUCAUUCAAAUCAGGAAGCAGGCUGUUUACCAAAACUUUACCAAGAAUACUAUAUAUAGCUAGCAAUAACAAAUUGCCCAUUAAUACUUGAUUCUUUCUCACAGUACCUGCUAGAUAACUACUGAUUGUAUUUCAUAAUCAAAGUCCUUUAAUUCUUAAAAUAUGUUUCCAAUAUGUUUUAUCCACCUAUACAACUCCUCCACAUUGGUAUCUGCAAUUUUUUGUCUCCGGUGAUGCCCUGUACAAUUAGUGUACAUUUUUCUUAAUCAGACAGAUUUGCAUUACCAAUUUGCACAAUUCUGUAGAAAUACUGCCUGUGGCACAUUAUAUAUAAUUUUUAUAAGCCUAUUUUAAUAGAAUAUAAAUGUCGUUAUAUACUAUUAAUAGUAUAUGUCUUAAAAAUUUGCUUAGAAAUGCAAAUUAUUAAGUGGUACAUAAAUGUCUUAAAUAAUCAAUUUUAAUCAAUCAGUAAACAUGGGCUCUAAAUUUGAAUAUAUUAGAUGGCGUAUUAAAUGGAGCAGAAGCUAAGUUCACACCUGGAGCUGAUAUUCCAAAAUGAGGUCUUUCCAGUUGGCUGGCUGGCUGGCAACAUAGAAAAGGUUCAAAUUGCCUAUGUGAAGAGUCAUUCCAGCCUAGACAAAUAACAGAGUGCAAAUAGAAGGAGCAGGUUUAAGCAAGUGAGUAGGCCUUACUUAAAUUUGGAGUCAGAGGUGCUUAGAAAUUGUUUGGUUUCAAGUUGAUGUUUGGGGCUUCAAGCCAUGGAUGGCCUCUGUGCAUUCACCCUUUUCAAGGCUGAAGAUGUUUCUUGUGUGAUUGUGUGUUUGAUACCCCCUUCCAUUUCCGCAGUGGCAUUAAAUGAAGUAGCCAAGUUACUUAAAGAAAAACACAGCAUGGGGAAGGGUAUGCCAAUGAGGUUUCUUCUUAAUAAGAUUGUGAUUUUUCUCUUCUACCUCCCACUACGUCUUCAGCCAAGUGUUCUGCUAGCUUGGGUUUUUUAUUUAAGAAGCAAUAGUGCUUUCUGUCUCUUUCAGUUUGACUGGAACAUACCUGAUAGUUUUAAAGACUUUUUUAAUGAAGGAAAUAACAGCCUCAUCUAGUGCCUUCAUUGUUACAAACCCAUCUUAAGGAAACAGCUGCAGCUGGGCAACCAGUUCCUAAAUAUAAAUUCCUUUUAACCUUUUUUGCUUGUUUAUUUGCCUGAAAGUCACAUUGACGUGUGACGUGUGGAUUCAGAGUCAAAGAGGUCCAUAGCCUGGAAGCUGCAGAGGUAUAUUUCAAGCACCAGAUACCUUUUCCUUUUCUUCCUUCUCCACUUCCUUAAAAUUUGAAGGUUAUUUGCUCAGGAAAUGCUGACAUUCUUAAACGUGUUUUGUACUGUUAUGUGACAAAUGCUUGUGAGAUGUCAGAAAUGUAUAGAAGAACCAAACUUGAGGCAGCAUUAGUUGCUUUGAAAUUGGGGGUUUCUUUAGCUCCAAUCUGCACCCUCCAAUUUAAAAUGCUGUAAAAAAUUUUGUUAAAACUCAAUUGAAAGUUCUUGCCUGUUCAAACACCUUAGCUACUUCAACCUGAGUGAGACAACAAACCUCUCCCUGUUUGCUUGGUAUGUUUACUUUUGCAUUCUUUUGAGAUCUGCAAAGGUUGAAAGAAUGUGGCUUCAGUGGGACUCUCACGCUGUCUUCCAUCUGCCACAGAUUGUGUGUGUGUGUGACAGUAAGGAAAUCACAGCCUGCCUGCCUUCUUUUCUUGGUGCCUCUGUUUCUUGUCCGUAACACCAAUGUACAAUGAUGCUGCCCAUCUUGCAGGGGCAUUGUGAAGUUGUAAUUGAUUAUUUGAAAAGUGUGUUUAGGAUAUCAAAUGUGCCAUACCAACAAUAAUACAGGAGCUUUCAUAUUGCUGUGCAGUUCUUGUGGAUAUAAACUUCAUACCUUUGAAUUCCAGAGGGCUAGAACUAACAGUUCCACUUUAAAAUCCUUUCUUUUUUUCUUUCCUUUUUUUUAAGAGGAAAAACUGUUCCGCCUGAUCAUAAAUGUAGUUGGUAUGUUCUUCAAUGUUGUGUAAAAUGUUUUGGGCUUAUUCACUCUGGAUUGAUUCAGUGUUACCACUGUGAGCUUUUGUUGAUCAAGUUCCAUGCCAGACCAGUAAAAUCCAUAUCUAGGAACCAGGUGGGAUGGCAUGGUUCCUUCUCUCAGGAGUGACAUGGGAAGCGACCGUGCCGUCCAGUUGUCUGACCCGGAUUGUCAUGUGCAAGUGUAGUGUAGAGCUUGAUUAUUCAUAAGUAGUUCCUGUGCUGCAACAGUAGUUACACAUAUGCCCUUAUUUGCUUGCACUGUGGAGAUCAGGGUGCCUUCUUACUGGUUAGUUUUCAGCCAACAACUUACUUCCUGUUGCAUUUCCUGGUUUGCCAAAAGUCUGGAUCAGUGUUUCAUUCAUUUAUGCUGACAUAGUUUGAAUUCACACCCAACCUCUUGCAGGUUCAUCAUUUACAUUAAUGACAUGAGAAAUAAUGGCUUUGAAACUAAGCUAUUAACCCCACUAGUAUGCUACUGGCAGCAAUUACACAUGCUCACUGGUUUUACAAAUUACAUCAACUAAUCAAGCUGUAGUUACUGUGUUGUUAUGUCCUGAGAAUAUCUAUAGUGUUCAUAUAAUAGCUGUUAUCAGGUGUGGUCAGAUACAUGGGGUUUUAGAGUGCACCCAAACACGUUGGCUCCUGUCGUAACCAAAAACUCUCUCUGCUGGUGCUGUCCAGUCCUAAGGAAGGGCAGGCAACUUAACCUGCUCCAGAUAUUUUGGUGUGAUGCCACCAUUUCCCCCCAACUCCACAAUAUUUGAAAACCACACUUGGCUGCUCUGGUCUGUCACUUAACACAGACUUAACUGUGAAGUAUUAUAAUUCUCCUCAGUGCCUGUUACAUAAUUUACUCUAGCAUUAUUGUAUAUUGGGAGUAGGUAUUUUCUGCUGAAAACUCCCCUUUUGAUCACUGUGUACUGUUCAGCCUGACAACUUUUUCUGCACAAAUUGUAUUAAGUAUCUAUCUUUUUAAAGACGGCUUCACUGCACACGUAACUUUAAUGUCAAUUAUAUACACAGUGUGCGUUUUUUUUGUUCUAAUUGUGGACUGAAGUAACUUAAGUGGAAUUCCUACUUGCCUGUAACAUUGAAUGUACUGUGUGUCAAACAUAAUCAAGUGUUUGUAAUGAAGCUGGAUUCUUGAUAGCUUUUUUAAAAUUGAAGCUAUUUUACACUUAACAU